UCGAAAUACUACAAAACGCACUAUACAUUUUUAUUAAAAAAAAAAAAUGAAUAAUUCUCAAAGCUCUGAUUUCUUUGACGAAAGUGGUGAUAUAUCGUGUGGUAGCCCGAAGUUGAUAUCGGAUGAAGUUGAUGAUGGUUUAUCUCAUGACGACUUAAUAUCCAAAACAAAAUUUGCUCUGAGCGGUGGCUUCCGAAAAGAAUUGAAGAAACCUACUUUUUAUAAUUAUAUCUUAUCACUGUUAGAUGAUUGUGGAAAAUGCAUUUCUCAAAGCCUCGAUCUUAUAAUUAGUACUUUAUCAGAAACAACUAUAGCAGUUGACGUACUUGUUGAACAUUUGAUGGAUGCUGUCUCCAUACUACAAAUGCUAUCAGAAUGCAUUAAAACAGUUAUUGAGGUAGCAGUAAUGUCAUGUUGCAGAAUACAAAAUUUUCCAACGGCCACUAGCCGCAUUCUGAUGAUUGUAUUUAUGCAUUGUAGGGACAGUGAAGAAUUAUAUGGGAACGUGCUUAAAAAUGUUGAAAAUCAACUGAAAGAUUUAUUCCGUGCCUGUCAUGAACUGCAGUUAACAUAUUUGAUGGUGUUUGAAAAAAAUUUUGCAUUUGACCUUGAUGAGAGAGAGCACUUGCUUAUUCUUUUUGAUGCUUUAGAAAUUAAUUUGAAGAUUGGAGAAUUGGUCCAGACAUUAGACAUUAAGACAAUGGCUGAACAAUGGAAAGGAUUGAUAGCAGUUUAUGAAAAAUACUCAAAUGCUUUAAUUGAUACGAAUAUUUUUAACAAUUGUACUGCAGUUCUAUGUGGUAUGAUAGAAAACAAUUUGAAAACAGCUCUGCAGGCAAAUCAAGAUGAAAAAUCAAUUCUAAGAUCGCUCAAAGUAACCGGUUUCACUCUAAAGAUCUUAGUUAAGAUAUGCAUAAUUUUUAGGCUUGCUUCAGUUAAAAAACAUCAACAUUUAGUCGAUCUACUUAUUUUUAUAGUUAUGAACUGUAAUACAAGCAGUGAGAAUUCUGAAAGAGACAACAACACAAUAAAUACUUAUGUAUUGAAUCCAACCGAGACUCUUUUAAAUGAACUUAUGCUGGAUGAAAAUUUUAACAAUACCAUUCUCAAUUGCAAUAUAGAAAAUUUACUCCGAGAACGUAAACUACCGGGCUUCGUGUUACUACUGACGUAUCUAAUGAAAACGAUAAUUCAUAAAAAUAACACGAAAAUCUCGAAGAAGAGAAUCAUCGAAUGCGUAUAUUGUUUUCUUCCGUAUUGUCAAACAAUCGUAAAGCACAGUCGGAGCAUGUACGAAGACUUGUUGGUGAAAAUGACAGCGUUAAUAAUGAUUAUGGAUAAUGAAGAAUUCGAUUUCUUAGAGAGACGUAUGCUUGAAGCAAUACUCAGUACAGAAUGUUUUAGUGCAUUGUUUUCGUCCAACCUCUGGAGUUUAAUGGCAAGAAUAGUCCCUGGACAAUUGCUGUUGAAUCAAAUCGUCUCUCUGUGUGAAAUAUACGAAGAACUGCAGUCCAACAUAUUGUUUUUAUAUUCGCCACAAAGAAUACAUUUGAGUUUCACAAUUCGAAAUUUAUUUGAGGCUAUGAAUAAUGAAGAUAAGUUGAAACUAUACAAGCAAUUUAGUGCACAAAAUGAAAAAAAUGUAAGGAUAUUGGCAGUUUUAGGUGUUGAAAAUUUACCUGCGACGCUUCGAAGUAAGGUUGAGGACGAUGUUCUAGAUAAAGUAAUGGAAAUUCAAAAAGAUAUUGAUAAUGGAACUGGCCUUGUUGAUGUCGACAAAUUGAUUAGUACAAUGAAUCUGGCGGCAACGUGUACACACAAAAUUGAUAGAAGGAUAUUGGAAUUUAUUACAAGAGGUUGGGAGAGAGUUUGUCCUGAAAAUAACGAUAUUUUACAAUCUAAAUUGAAUACAGGAUCCUUGUGGUACUUACAGUAUUUAGAGGCGUUGAUGUCAAUGACGUCCACCGAAAGUUUAUCAAGAUAUCAAAGUUCUUUGACAGGAAAGAUUCUGCAUGCAAUCUCAGGUUUAAUAGAAACUAAUAAUGAAGAAUAUCAAAUAUUAUUGAUCGAUUUCAUGUGUCGUUUAGCAUCAGUCGAUGUUCAAGAUGAUUAUAAAUUUAUAGAAAACAUGCUAGAAAAAUUUAGAGCAUUGUUAAAAGAUUCAACUAAAGCAAAAAUAGCUCUUAAAAAAUUACGACACUUGCAAAAUAACAAGAAUGUUGAUAGAAUUUUAAGAAAAUUAAUCAGAGAGGAUCCUUCUUUGGGAAUAUUUUUAAAAACUGAAAUUGAUGAUCACAUUUUGCUGACCAACAAUGUUACGUUCCAUCAUAAAUGCGUACAAAAUACUGAUGUUCCUUUAAAAAGCUCCAAAAAAACAUGUAGCGGUAAUUUCGAUUUAGCGGACAUAGACACGAUGUUUGAAAACGAAAGUGAAUCUCAACCGGUGUGUAAAAAAGCUAAAUUGAACUAUAGCGAAGCGGAUGUAAUUAUUUCAAGAUUAGAAAACGACGUUUCAGCUCUUUGUAGUAUAAAAAAGAACAUUUUCACUAGACAUCAACUAAGCGAAAUAAAAAACAUUUGUGAUAAAUUGCAAAAUAUACUAGAAUGUUGA